CCUCGGCAUUGAGGUGUCGCAUAUCAUCAUGAGCGCCCGAAUACCAACAAGGUGGCUAGGGAAGUCAGCUCUCGCCAGCCUCCGCCCUCGCUCAACGUACUGGAUAAGCCCGAGCCGACCUUUCAGUAGCACUUUCAAGAAGCAGGACGCAGAAAAGGAGGUGCCAUCGAAAGUUGCCGACAAGAAGCCCGACCCCAACGACCCCCUCGCCAACCCAAUCCUCGAAAAGUACCUCCAAAAGCACGAUCCCAAGAAGCAAGCCGAGCGACCCCCACCCAAAGAGGGCAAAAUGUCCAACCACCCCUCCACGAUCUUCAAGCCCGAGUACGAAAUCCCAGGCUGGCGCGACGACCUCACUCCUGAGGAACAAGCGGCGCUGAAGGAGCGAGAGAAGAGAAGGCGAAUGCAGAUCGAAGAACAACAGGAAUACAGGCUGAAGCAGUUGAAGCUCGACCCAGCUCCGGCGGCACGCCGCAACUUCGAGCGCAGGAUGGUGAUUAAGAGUCUGCAGAAGCGAGGGAGGGUCACCAAAGCCGUCAAGCUGAUGCGCACGGAACGCCAGAGCCUCUACAAGAGUCCGACGCUGCCGACCAGCGUGAAGAAAUUGACCAAGCUGAUGAACCAGAUCAAGGGCAAGCCCGUCGACGAAGCCAUGGUCCAGCUGCGCUUCAGCAAAAAGCGCGUAGCGCGCGACAUCCUCAAGGGUCUACAAAUAGCACGAGAUGAGGCUAUUGCAGCUCGAGGCAUGAGUCUGGGCGCUUUCGGUGAAGCACAGCUACAAAGGGAGGGCGAGACAUCGAGCGCGACCGCGAACGAACCAUUCCUUCCGGAUGGCACGAGGCUGACGCCGAAACCAGGCCAGCCCACGUUAAUCGAGCUGAAGGACGGUAGCAAGAAGCUCGUGCAUGACCCGACGGAGAUGUAUAUUGACCAGGCGUGGGUGGGGCGGGGCGAGAGCUGGAAGAGUCCUGAGUUCAGGGCGAGAGGUAGGAUAAACAUGCUGACGCAUCGGACGACGAGUUUCUCGGUCCUGCUCAAGGAAGAAAAGACGCGAAUGCGCAUCUCGGAAGAGAUUAAGAAGAAGCGCGAGAACCGCAAGCUGUGGAUACCGCUGCCUGAUCGACCGGUCACUUCGCAACGGCAAUACUGUCUGUGGUAGUACAGGUGUUCACGAAUUGUAUCAUAUGUAUACUCUGUGGUUCUGACAACAUAGCAUUUGCCUGGCAAAGGCAUGUACAAUAUACCAUCCAAACCGUCCAUAUCCAAAGCAAACAUGCUUUAUCCGGGUAUAUCUGCAUCCACAAAACUUUUGAAUAUACCAAAAAUCCGACGCCCUCGCUAUGCAAUACUAAACAAGCAAUAACAUGUCCCACUUCAGCUCUCAGCCGCUUCUAUUCCAGCAGCCUGCGCACUCGCCGUCAACAUAUCAACCAUACCACCCACACUCCAUGCUACCUGGC